AUGCCCUGCACGGCUCCAGAUUACUUUACGCCUUUUAUUUCACCCGUCGAGGUAGAUAAUAGAAGAAAUUUGGAAACAUUUACUCUGAUAUGGCUGGAGUUCAAUAUCAAUAUUGCCACGAACGAUAUUCAUUUUGUUCAAAAGAAACUUAGGCAGGCUAUCAAUCGUAUUAUUACAUUUAAUGAUAUUUCAAAACUUGAUGAUUGGUUACAAAAAGAUCAUGGUAGCGAUAAAAUUGUUUUGAUCAUUUCUGGUGGGUUUGAGAGAGAGUGGCAAGGAGUUAUCGAACGAAGCAAUAACGUUUCUCGGUUAGUAUAUGUGUAUAUCUUUAGUGAAAUGAUCACAGUAGACUUCAAAGAAACAUUCGUAAAAGUUAAUCAAAAAAUAAGGGCAGUUAUAUCUGAUCAGGAUGAACUAAUCUGUUUGGUAAAACUUGAUCAGCAAGAGUUGGAAAAAUUAGAAGAUGUUAUGUCCUUGCCCAUGAAUAUUUAUGAUGUCAAUGCUGUUGGUUCGUCACUAGCUAAAGAAAACUCAUCUACCAGUCUAAACGGAAACUUUCUUUGGUUUCAACUUUUUAUUGAAGUAUUCCUUCGAAUGGAACACACAGCAACAGAUUUCUUGGAGCUCGUCAAUUUUUGUAAAGAAAUAUACAUGGAUAACACUAGUCAAUUAGAAGUAAUUAAUGAAUUUCAGCAAAACUACACUUACACAAGAGCUGUCUUUUGGUAUAGUCGUGAAAUUUUUUUAUAUAAAAUAUUAAACAAAGCUUUGCGUUGUCAAAAUCUAGAAACAUUAAUAGCAUUUAGAACGUUUAUUAAUGAUCUAUGUAAUCAGUUGCAAAAUCUAAAAGAAGAUGCAGCAUUACGCAAUUUGUCUAAAAUAACUCGCGUUUAUCGUGGUCAACUAAUGUCCAACACUGAACUUGAACGAAUACAAAGUUCAACUAGCAGUUAUAUUUCCAUGAACAGAUUUCUCUCCACAACAGUCGAUAGAGACCUGGCAUUGUUUCUAAUCGAAUCAGCAGCUACAUCUGUCAGCGCUCCGGUAGAAAACGCUUUAAAACCUGUAUUAUUCGAUAUUGAGAUUGAUCCAUCCUCAUCACGAAACGUUAAACCGUUUGCUGAUAUAUCAUCUCAAAGUUAUUUCCAAACAGAAAAAGAAGUUUUAUUUAUGAUCGGUUCUGUGUUUAAAAUUGAAAAAGUAACGAAAGUUGCCGAUGAUAGAGGCACUGGCUCUUGGACAAUAAAUCUACUGUUAUGCAGCUCAAAAGAACAUCAAUUAGAGCAACUGGUCAGUUACUUGAACGACAAAAUAACUAAAUAUAAACCAAAAUUUAUUGCCAUUGCACAUUUAUUGACCGAUAUGGGUGAAUAUCGGCAAGCAGAAAAAUAUUAUCAGCGCCAACUAGAUGAAUUAGGAAACAUUGAUGAGAAAAACGCAAAGACGAUUGCCAGUUGCUACACUGGUCUCGGUACAGCUGCACACUAUUUAGGUGAUUAUAAUUUAGCUAUCAGCUAUCAUGAAAAAGCCUUGAACAUACAUUUGAUGAUCCCGAAUAGCCAUGAAGAACUAUCCAUCUGUUAUAAUUGGUUCGCUAAUGCAUUUGCAGAUAAAAAAGAAUAUGAAAAAGCAUUAGAUUAUUAUAAUAAGUCUCUAAAAAUAAAUGAAAUGGUUUUUGGGUUAGAAAGUGUUGAUGUUGCCAUGAUUUAUUACAAUAUAGGUAUUCUGUAUACAGACCAAUCAAAUUAUGAAGAUGCAUUAACUUAUCUGAGCCGUGCAUUGGAAAUUCGAGAAAAAUGGUUACCGCCGAAUCAUUAUUCGAUCGCUCGAACUAUUGAAAAUAUUGGAUUUGUUUACUUUAACAGAAAAGAUCACCAAAGUGCUCUAACAUAUUUCCAAAGAAGUUUAGAAAUCUUUAUGAAAUCAGAAACAGAAAUGCAUCAAGAUUUGGCACUUCUCUAUCAUCGCUUUGGACGAGUUUAUGUGGAUCUUGGCAAAAUAGAGCUGGCAUUGGAUUAUUUCACGAAAGCUGAUAAGAUCUAUCGCAGUUCUUUACUACCAACAACUCCAUAUGUGAUUGAAAAUCAGCAGUAUUUAGAUAGUAUUAUAAAUAACCUGAACUAA